CUCUGUCACUCCCAACACGCAUUGCUACCCCGCAAGACGCCAAAUAUAUGAAUCCAGCCUCCAGCCUCGCACCCGGCUAUCUUUAAUGCUACUUGCGUAUGGUGUUCGCCGUUACGGAAGAUUUUUGUUCACGCCGACAGCAGUACUUCAACACCCGCGUUGCUCCCAUUCCUUUGAUGUCUAUGAAGAUGCGGACACAGCCUACCAAGGAAGACAGAUGCUCUAGCGAUAGCUCUGGACAGAAGCAGGAUCCGAUUGAGCGGAGGAGAUUGCAGAAUCGUUUGUCACAGAGGAAUCAUCGUCGAAAGAUCCGAGACCGCAUCGCAAAGCUUCAGGAGCGUGUCAUCGCCAGUGAACUACGAGCAGCUGCAAGCCUCAAUGGUUGGGACCAUCCCAGCUCAAUCAACGGGCCGCCAACGAUGGAUCGAAUUUCGCCUGUCUUUGACCCCAGCGGCACCUCCGCUUCGUCGAUGACCGACGGGUCCUCCGGCUAUGCAUCAGCGUAUAUGUCCCAGUCAAGAUAUUUCUGCUCAUCAUGCAAUUCUGCGUUGGCGCCAUUGCCGUUGUACUCGACGCAAAUGACAAUCACAUCGCCUCUGUACGACAUCACCGAGAUAGAUGCCUCGAACGUGUCCCCGUCGGCCCUCCGAAACCACCCCUAUUUCCCGCGGUCUAGCUCUAAUGCUUCUGAAAUCCUGCAAGGAAUGACAGGUGGAUACGCAUCAGCUGAUGCAAAUGCACCACCUCUUUGCGAGCCAUGGAAUGGCCAAACUCAGUACUCGGGAUCGUCGCUAUACUACAUCACAACAGAGGCAGCGUUGCCACAGAUCAUGCAAGCCUUGAGCACAGGACCAGCGCGACCAAAAGCAAUUAUCGUGCUCUCGCAGAAUACGCAGCAUGGUUCAGCGCCGACCAGCCUACCAACGGCGCAAUCACCACCGACUGCAAGCAGCACCGUCGAACUCUCAGGAUCGUCGAGUCCUGUUGAGUUGCAUGAAACCUUGUGCCAGUGCCAGAACCAGGGGUCGAUGGCUGGAUCCCCUGGCAUGAUGGCAGCUAGUGACUGGGUUAAUGCAGGUACUUCAACGUCUGUUUGCCCGCUACAUUCACUACCGGCCAAUGAAAGCAUGCAGCUGAUGAUGAUGUGAAUGGACUUCAUUUUUAUAUAUAUACCAAUAUUGAGCUUUUUGGGAGGAGAUUGUGGUACAUAGACUGCGAAAUCAGAUCCAGUGAUUUUCAUCAGAUCUUUCUCUGCGAUAGG